AUGGGGAGGAGUCGUCACAUUUCCGCGGCCAACCGCGGCCAGAAGCAGCCCCCUCCGUUUCCGACAAAGCAGAUGUUUGUUCUAGCAUGCUGCAGGAUAUGCGAGCCCAUCGCAUUCAUGUCCAUCUUUCCCUACAUCUACUACAUGAUUGAGGAUUUCAACAUUACCGAUGAUUCCAGCAAGAUUUCAGUCUACGCCGGCAUGGUCACCUCUGCCUUUACUCUGGCCGAGUUCUCGACAGGAGUUCUCUGGGGAAGACUAAGCGACAAGAUUGGACGGAAACCUGUGCUCCUGUUUGGACUCCUUGGAACUGCCAUUAGUGUGCUUGUUUUUGGAUUCGCCCCCAGUCUACCCGUGGCUCUUUUCGCCCGUGCUCUGGGUGGUCUUCUCAACGGUAACAUCGGUGUUCUCCAAACCACAGUCGCUGAACUUGUUACUGUCAAGGAACAACAACCACGCGCCUAUACUAUCAUGCCAAUGGUCUGGUGCAUUGGAUCUAUCAUUGGACCCAUGAUCGGAGGAGCUCUCGCCAGACCUUGCAUCAGCUACCCCGAGAUCUUUGCCCGUGGAACCAUCUGGGACCGAUACCCUUACCUCCUUCCUAACCUCUUCAGUGCCGCUACCGUCUUUGUUGGCGUCAUUAUUGGACUCCUCUACCUCGACGAAACUCAUGCUGAGAAGAAGACCCAGAGGGACCGUGGACGCGAGAUUGGCGACUAUCUCGCCAAGCUGUUCGGCGGAGUGACCAAGUGCAACGGACGAGGACGUGCCCCUGAGAAGCAGGCUCUGCUCGACGGUGAGCGUCACGUCAGCUACGGUAGCCGCCACGGUUCUUCUAGCUCUGAUGAAGAGGAUGAGAUUCUGCCCGCCUACCAAAGCCAGGAAAGCUCACCUCGACUUGCUCCCAUGGACGACACCCGAUCUCUGCAGUCCCAGCCUCUCGAGCCUAUUGUGCAGGAGAAGCCCAAGACCUUCACCAAGCCCGUCAUCAUGAACAUUAUCUCAUACGGCAUUCUUGCUUUGUAA